CCGUACAUCAACUGGACUCGUCGCACGUCUCUGCUCUGUGCUCUCCCCGCAGCCAGAAAACCCUAGACUCUCUCGGCCGCCGCUCUCCUUUCCCUCGCUCCACAGCUCGCGCCGUUCCUCCAAGCGCGCACGCAUCCUCCCACCUGCGCGCCGCUGCCGCCGCCCAACAAUCUACGAGCAGCCAUGGCUAACCCAGCGGCACCGGGAGGAAUGAGGUCGUUCCUGCAGGCCGUGUCUACGGUCACCGAGGAGGCGCCGACGCCGCUCCGCGUCGUCCAGAUGGAGGGCCUGGCCGUACUGAAGAUCAUUAAGCACUGUGAGGAGUUUGCGCCUGCUCUAGUUACAGGUCAAUUGCUUGGUUUGGAUGUUGGUAGUGUUCUGGAAGUGACCAACUGUUUUCCCUUCCCUAUCAGAGAAGAGGAUGAUGAAGCAGAUGCAGAUGGUGCAAAUUAUCAGCUUGAAAUGAUGAGGUGUUUGAGGGAAGUUAAUGUUGACAAUAAUACUAUUGGAUGGUAAGAUAAGCUAAUUUUGGAUCUUUUCAAACUGUGGGAACUGAUUGAAACAUUUAUGAACUAUCAGGAGAGCAUCAGGAGAUGUGUGUGCAUUGUCUAUGACCCAUCUAGAUCUAGUCAAGGCGUGCUAGCCCUCAAAGCCUUAAAGCUUACAGACUCGUUUAUGGAUCUUUACCGUAACAAUGGUUUAACUGGGGAGAAGUUAAGGGAGAAGAAAUUGUCCUGGGUUGAUAUUUUUGAGGAGAUACCAAUUAAAGUUUCCAACUCAGCGCUUGUCAGUGCCUUCAUGAAGGAGCUGGAACCUGAGUCACCUGUUACUCAGUGUGACUUUGACAGACUUAAAUUGUCAACUGCUCCCUUUAUGGAAAGGAACUUGGAAUUUCUGAUUGGGUGCAUGGAUGAUCUUUCAUCAGAGCAGAACAAGUUCCAAUAUUAUUACCGCAACCUCUCAAGACAGCAGUCACAGCAGCAGGCAUGGCUUCAAAAGAGAAGGCAGGAGAACAUGGCGAGAAAAGCAGCUGGUGAGGAGCCGCUGCCAGAAGAAGAUCCAUCGAAUCCUAUCUUUAAGCCUAUUCCUGAGCCAUCACGAUUGGAGGGCUAUCUUGUAACCAAUCAGAUCUCCAGUUACUGCAACCAUAUCAACGGGGUUGCUGGUCAGAAUUUUAACAGGCUAUACCUGAUGAAGGCCUUGCACGAGGACUAGAAGACUGGGUUAUGAGUGAAAGCUGUUAGAUUUAGCUCGUGAUACUGCUGGAAAUCAUAAUUUUGCGAUGUACCUUACAUGGGCGUGCCUGUCUUCUACUUAAUGUUUCCAUGGACACCAGAUGGUUAGCAUCCAUUGUGACGUGCUUCGAAAUUAUAGCAGCAUUCUUGGUAUUAAUUAAAAAAUGAUCAGUUUGAUUACUAUUAUUUAAUGUAGUUGCAUCUGUAUGCGUCGAAAUAUAAACCAAUGUUCUCCAUUAGUAAUUUUGGGAUGAACACUUUGAAGUC